GUGGGGCAGGAUGCCGGGCAGGCCGUGGGUCUGAGCCCAGCCGAGCAGACCGUUGCUGAUGUAACGGGGCUGCAAUCCUGCCGUGUUUUCCUGACUCAUGGUGAUGUCACCGGUUUGCCUCAGCCCCACAAACCCCCUCCCCCUGCUCGGGCACUGAGGGGCACCCCGACCCCUUGGAGCAGCUUUAACCCCUCACUGCCCGGAGCUCCCCUGGGAUCCAGCCCCUCAAGCCCCCUGAGCCCCAUUCCCCAGCCCCCCUUGCUCUCCCUGGCUUCAACGCCCCCAGCGUCUCACAGGCGUCCUGUCCCCCCACAGGACAAGCCCUGCCAUGAGAGAGGAGGUGGAGACGGGCGUCCGGUUCCUGUCGCGCCUGGUGAACCGGCACAGCCGGCUGGACGAGGGGCGCAUGGAACAGUUCGGGGAGCGCCUGGCCGCCAUCCUGCGGGAGAGGUACAGCCAGCACUGGUAUCCCGAGAACCCCGCCAAGGGGCAGGCCUACAGGUGUAUCCGAAUCAACCGGCGGCAGCGGGUGGACGAGUCGCUGCUCCGGGCCUGCGCGGGCUGCGGGCUGGAGUACUCGGAGCUGGCGCUGCCGCGGGAGCUCUCGCUCUGGAUCGACCCGGGGGAGGUCUGUUGUAGGCUUGGGGAGAACAGCCAGUACUUCACGGUGAGCCCCUCGGAAGUGGGCGGCGGCAAAGGGACGCCGGAGCCCGAGACAUCGGACUAUCACUCGGAGUCGCCGUCGGAGAGCUCCUCGGAGGAUGAGGGAUCAGCCCGGCCCUCGCCGGCACCGGCCCCAGCCCCGAGCAGACCCGCCCUGCAGGAGCCCGGCAAACAGGCCGCCGAGUUGUUCUACGUCCCGGCCCCCAUGUGGGUCCCCUGCACCGCCCAGCGCCUGGUCAGCUACAUCCCCACCUACCAGCCCCUCACCUUCUACUACGUCAGCGUCGGAGCAAAGCCCUCGCCGGCGAAGAGAUCCAACCCCGACCGGCUGCGGCGCCUCACCCACCGGGCUGCCAAGGCUUAGGGGCGGGGCAGGGAGAGGGGAGAGCCCCCAGCCCCUCUCCCUCCUGCCCCCCAUCCCUUCCCCCACAAUGAUCUCCACCACGCUCCCAGGUUGAGAGUGGGGGGAACUCACCACAGCAGUACAAACAGUGCCACCUGGUGGCCAUGCAGCGAGCCAGGCUGGAAACGGCUGGAAGUCGGGGAUGUCCUGCCUCCAUCCCCCUGCCCAGCUGGCAUCUUAAGGGUUCACAGCCCCUCUUCUCGUGCAGGGGGUGUGGCCCCAUGGCCGUGGGGCUGAGCCAGUUGAGACUCAGUAUCCUACAGGCCCAUCUACACAGGCAAAGCGCACGGGCAAACUUGCUAUGGAAGGGAAGCCAGGAUGCCUGGGUUCUAUCCCCAGUGCUGGGAGGAUAAUGGGGUCUAGUGGUUAGAGCAGAGG